AUGGCGGCGCUGAGGAAACAGUAUAUGGUGGCCAGACCUGUGUAUUCUGACGACAGCUUGGCUGAGGAGCAUGAAAAAAUCUACAUUCAGCACAAAACUACUCGUGCUCAUCUUAUUCAGUACUUCAGGUGUGAUGCUACGCGGGUCAAGAACGCAGCGCUGUCCCUGUUUCCUAUCAUUGGGUGGAUGAGAAACUAUAAAGUUCGACAAUGGCUGCUGGGCGACAUCGUCUCAGGGAUCAGCACUGGUAUGGUGGCCAUCAUGCAAGGUCUUGCCUUCGCCCUGCUCGCAUCGCUGCCCCCCAGCUACGGCCUCUACACCGCUUUCUUUCCCAUGAUCCCCUACUUCUUCCUGGGAACCUCCAGACACAUCUCUAUUGGCGCUUUCCCCGUCUUGAGCUUGAUGGUGGGAGCCGUGGUGGACCGUCUGGUCGUUGACAAGGAUCCAAAGGCCAACAUCCCCGCCCUCGAUGGCCUGACUCCAGAGGAGCAGAGCGUGAUGGUGGCGUACUCUGUAACCUUCCUAAUGGGCAUCUACCAGCUGGCCUUGGGGAUACUACAGGUGGGCUUCAUUGUCAUUUACCUCUCGGACACUCUGGUAUCAGGAUUUACAACCGCGGCAGCAGUUCACAUCGUGGUGUCCCAGCUCAAGUUUGUGUUGGGUCUGGAAGUUCCGGGCCUCAACGGCCCAUUCGCCAUCAUCUAUACACUGAUAGAGAUUUUCAAGAAGAUCACCUCCACUAACAUCUGCGACCUGGUGAUGUCCAUCGUGAUCAUGCUGGUGGUGUUUGUAUUCAAGGAACUGAAUGACAGAUUCAAGGCCAAGCUGCCGGUUCCUAUCCCUAUAGAGGCUUUGGUGACAAUCGUCGCCACUGGUAUCUCAUAUGGAUUCAACUUCAAGGAGACAUUUAAAGUGGAGAUAGUAGGGAAAAUGGUUCAAGGAUAUGAGUCACCAGUUGCUCCCAAUGUGCAACUGUUCCAGGAGAUCGCCGUGGAGGCUUUCCCCAUCGCUAUUGUGGGGUUUGCUGUUGCGUUCUCUGUAGCCAAAGUCUACUCCAUCAAACAUGACUACGCCAUUGAUGGUAACCAGGAGCUCAUUGCUUUUGGAGUGAGUAACAUAUUUGGAGCGAGCUUCAAGUCGUUCGCGGCCAGCACAGCGUUGUCCAGGACGGCAGUCCAGGAGAGCUCUGGAGGGAAAACUCAGAUCGCAGGUUUAAUAUCUGCCAUGAUGGCCAUGAUAGUGACGUUGGCACUGGGCUUCCUGCUGGAGCCGCUUCCUAAGUCUGUCCUCGGCGCCUUGGUCCUUGUCAACCUGAAGGGAAUGUUGAUGCAGUUCAGAGAAAUAUCGUACCUGUGGCGGCGAGAUAUACCUGAAUGUGUGGUGUGGGUGGGCACAUGUUUGGCUGCCAUCCUGCUGGGACUGGAUCUGGGUCUGGCGGUGGGCCUCGGUGUGGAGCUUCUCACAGUCAUCUUCAGGACUCAAUUUCCACGUUGUUCCGUCUUGGCUAACAUCCCGAGGACAGACCUCUACAGAGAUCAGAAGGAGUAUCGGAAUAUUUCUCAAACAGCAGGAGUGAAAAUCUUCAGGAUCCCGUCGCCCAUCUAUUUCGCCAACAUAGAGUUUUUCAAGAACAAGCUUGUGGAAGCUGUUGGUUUCAACCCUAUGAGAGUUCUGAGGAAAAGAAGCAAAGCGCUUGAGAAACUGAAGAAACUUUGGAAGAAAACAGAUGAUGACAUCACAGAGACAGGCAUAAGGAAGUUCUUCAAAAGAACGAGCAACAAAGGGAAGUCAGAGAAACCCAGUCUUCCCACAAUUCAGGACUGGAACGCUGAGUUGCCAGCAGGCAUCAUUGUUCCCAAAGUGGAUCUCCAUAGCCUGAUUCUGGACUUCGCUGCUGUCUCUUUCCUGGACAUUUCAGCUCUUAAGGGUCUUAAAACGACAAUUAAAGAGUUUAUGCGAGUGGGCGUGGACGUUUAUAUCGCAUCAUGUGAUGCCGUGGUGUUGGAGAGACUACACAGCUGCUCUUUCUUCGACGAGGAGAUCCUCACCUCCAUGUUUUACCCCACCGUUCAUGAUGCCAUGCUACAUGUGACAACAGAAAGAGAAAUGACGGCAACAAGACUGUAGAAAGGCAACAACUGUUAAGCAUCAAAUAUGAUGAAGACCAGUGAUCUUCGGACCUUUGGAGAAAAUUACUUUGCUGCAUUGUUUUGUGGUUGUACAGAGUUUGUAUUUGUGUGGUGUGUUAUUAA